AUGGAGAAGCUUAUACCAGUGGGAAGUCAGACAAUGAAGUCCCAACAUCCCGAGUCUUUCCUAAUACAAGAUCAGCGGAUAAAUUUUAACUUAAAUAGGCAUGCUGUGGGAGCAGGCAGAGCAUCCAGUCAUUCCUUGGCUUUGAACGCACAGCCAGCAUCUUAUUCUGAAGAAGGCAACAAAAUUAAUAUGAGGGGCACUCAGUAUGAGAGUAGUCUUGAAUCAAUGAAUCCGCUUCAACACGAGUCCAUGACACAGGUGGUGGAAUCUACUUUUAUCGUUUUGGAUCGUCUAUUAGUUAAUUAUACACCUUUUCAAGAGCGUGUGAAGGAGUUCAUUGCCUGUGCAUCAUCAGACAAUGGACAAUUAGCUAUGAGUGGUGAAAUUCAUCAUGUUGUAAAUCCAGAUCCAUACCAUGGAGUUUUUGGUUCCGAUGCCAAUCGUUAUGCCAAAGAUUUGCAAGAUCACAUUGAUUUUGGUACUUCAGGAAAAGUUGCAGGAUUUAUAGCUGAAACAAUUCAGGGAGCUGGAGGAGCAGUUGAAUUGGCGCCUGGAUACUGGAAACUGGUUUAUGACAUUGUACGCAAGGCUGGUGGUGUCUGCAUUGUAGAUGAAGUGCAAACUGGCUUUGGUCGAACAGGAAGCAAUUACUGGGGCUUUGAAACACAGGGCGUCAUUCCUGAUAUAUUUACUAUGGCAAAGGGUAUUGGCAAUGGUUUACCAUUGGGAGCAGUUGUGACAACCCCAGAGAUUGCGAGUGUAUUGGCCCAGAAAAUUCAAUUUAAUACUUUUGGAGGAAACCCUGUAUGUUCGGCUGGGGGGCUAGCAGUGCUGAGAGUUAUUGACCAGGAGAAGCGUCAAGCUCAUUGCGCUGAUGUUGGUUCUCACUUGCUCAAGCGUUUGAGAGCUCUUCAGCAAACACAUGAAAGUAAUUACUCUUGA